UAUUAUCAACGAACAGUUGGCUAUUAGUAUCGUUAACACAAAUAAUAUGAUCUUGCAGUGAAUAUCUGACAAGAACAUUCUGACAACAAAUGUAGCCCAUCUUCAACCCCGCCCCUUUCUCUCUUCUGUGUAGCCACCGUCUGAAGCGGAGUUGCCCAUAUCGACAGCCAUAAAGGUGGAAGCAGUCUGGAUAAGCAGAUGGACUGACACACCUGUGACUACCGUGCUCUUUGCUGUGUCCAAGCCACCUGGUCUGUCUCAGAGGAUUCCUGCAACCAUUUGCCCCUGCCCCCAGUCAUGGCCAACACUGACCCCUCGUCUCCAGCCAAAGCCCCGUUGUCUUCCACACAGACUCCCAUCACUCUCUCCUUCCCCUUCCUGAGGGAAGGCAGCCGCGUGUGGGAGAGGAAGCCGCUCAAGUCCGGGGAGCUGCCCAGCCCUCUGCCUACCAAACGUACCCGCACCUACUCUGCCACGGUACGGGCCACAUCAGGGCCAGUCUUCAAAGGUGUGUGCAAGAGCUUCUCCAGGUCACAGGGCCACGGCUUCAUCCGCCCGUCCCGGGGUGGAGAGGACAUAUUUGUCCACAUCUCUGACAUUGAGGGGGAGUAUGUGCCCGUGGAGGGGGACGAAGUCACCUACAAAGUGUGUGCGAUCCCACCCAAGAACCUGAAACAGCAGGCCGUGGAGGUAGUCAUCACCCACCUCAACCCAGGGACAAAGCAUGAGACCUGGUCUGGCCAGAUCAUCAGCUCCUAAACCCACCUCCACAUUUGGGGAAGGGGGAAAGGGACACCAUAGUCCACACGCAAGAGAGAGACUGCACAGGGAAACACAGAGAGAGAAUGGGAUGAAGAGGGGGAACAUUCAGAACAAAAGAUGGCCGGGGGGGAAGUGUAAAUGAAUAUGUAAAGUAGUGGUAAUGAGGGCAGGAACUGGGAUGGGACGUAGUGAAAGAAGGUUGGCUGGCAAGUGGGUUACAGGCUGGUGCUGGAAUUAGGCUUAUGCAAGUUCAGGGUUUUUUUUCCACUCCCUGAGUUUUGGAAAUGUGUGGUGGGAAAGUGACAUGAAG